UAUGGCUCUAGGCGACUCUGUACCCGAGCAUGUACACGUAUCUCAAGCUUGAGUAUCUAACCUGUUUGCUUGCCUUGGUAGGCCGUCGCUCGCAAAUCGUUUUUGGUCUCGGUUAAUACACACAGCUUGAUAGGUAGGGGGGGCGCACACAGUCUUUUUAGUUAGCGUAUGAUCCAUCCCGCCCGGCGCCGGGGAUUUUCGCGAGCGUUGAAGUUUCUGGCGAAACCCAGCUUCGUCCUAACACAAUACCCUCUUCUUCACCCUUCUCAACCCCAUCAUCUCGCGCCGAAAGUUCCAAAAGCCCAACACCCGUCGAAACGCAUCAAGGAAUGUCCUACUUCUCCUCGCUCCGCGCCUCCGCCCGCUCCAGCGAAGCCGAAGCGCCGUUCCCAGACGCCUCGCUCGAGCCCGGCCAAGACGAAGACCUGCUCGCCUACGCGUCGGCCAAGGCCCUCGGCGGCGUCGCGUGGGCCCACAGCCACCCCUCAGGCACCCUCCCCAGCACAUCGUUUGCGUCUUCGUUGGGCGACGACCCCUCGCUCGAGCCCGGCCAAGACGAAGACCUGCUCGCCUACGCGUCGGCUAAAGCCCUCGCCGGUGUUGCCCCGGCUCAUAGCCACCCCUCGGGAACCUCCUCCGCUGAGUCUUCGUCGUCGUCGGGCGACACCCUCGGCCAGAAAAUCGCCGGCGCGAAGGAUUACGCGCAGUUCAAGGCCCAUGAGGUCGCUGAGGAUUUGAGAGGUGGACAGGAGGGAGCGAGCGAUGGCGAGAGUUUGGGGAACAGGGCGU